AAAAGAGGACACUCUCCUGCGCCUCCCGGUGGCCCGUCGCGACCCUCGACCCCUGUUCCCAACCUCCUGAUCACUACUGCUCCAACUGAAAGUGAUGCAACAACUAGCACAGAUCAUGGUGGGUCUGACAGAUCCCGUCUUAAGCCUCUUACUGGCGGUAGUUCUCGAGGCCGGAAGCAGCGGUGGUCUUUUCGGCGCACUGUAGCCAAGCUACAAUCUGACCCCUCUAUGCCCGACCCGCCAUCCCCUAAUCUAUCGCCAUUUCCCAUUCUCCCUGAGGGGGCCAUUGAUAUCAGCGAGCGCAUCAUCCACGGCAACACUGAGACUCCCCAUCCACCACCAGGAUGCACAGGCAUGAACUUAGACACCCCAUCGUCAAUAGAUCAAACACCAUCAUCUUCGGCCGUCCCUGCUGGUGACGGAAAGAAAACAAUCAUCGCCACCACAAGGCUCGUACUCCAGACUGCGGCCUCUACUCUUAAGUUCGUCCCCAUUGCGAAUCUUGAACAGAUACCAAAUAUACUCCUAUCGUGGCUCCAAGUUUAUGAGACCAUCGACAACAAUGACGAAAAUCUCAAGGGAUUGGACGAUGAAGUCCGAGAUGCUCAUGAAACGAUCUUUAGGCCUCUCCAGUUGUGGACUGGCAAAGUCCCUCCCGAAAUAGGUGAUCUGAUUGAACGAUUUAACCUCAAAUUGAGGCACUCGAACGCCAAAAGCUUGCCAAGAGGGUAAUUUUAGCGACUGAGAUAACCCAGGAAAUAAGCGCUGUGAAGUCCUGUAUCCGUGAUGCUGUCUCCCGCUUUACGACCGCUGCAACGACUUUGAAUCUCCUCCACACAAUUCAGUCAUCGGUGGACCGUUCGUU